UGUGUGUACCCGCUGCUCCACCGGAUGUGCUGACUCCCCUCCCUCGCCUUCCUAGCCACUCCCUCCCUCAUCCGGGGCUCACACUCACCUCUACAGCUUCUCCAACAAUCAAGAGAAUGAACGCUGUAGAGUAGAUGACGAUGCAGGACUCGCAGCCGAGACCAAGUCCAAGAUCACCAUAAACAAACCAUGGCUGCCUCGCUCCGGCCGCUUGCCUUCACUCGGCUAUUCACCUCCAUUCACAGGUUGACAGGUCAGCCAGUCUGCCUGACCCGACCGCUGUGCCGAGUGCCCCCUGAGCAGCCCGAAGGACCUGAGGGAGUCAAGGAAACAGAUGCUGAUAAGAAUGCUGAAGCUAAAGAAAACUUAUCAAAAUCACAGACUGCAGGAACUCAGGCUGACGACAAAGGGCUUCCUCAUGAAACUGAAGUUUUAGAAAAAAAGAAUGAAAAGUUAAAGCCAUCUGAAGCAAGCAAUGACUUUGCUGCAAAAGAAGAAUCUGUUGAAAAAAAAAAAAACAAGAUUGAUGACAAAAAAGCAACCAGACAGAAAAAAUUACAUGAUCUCCUCUCCUCUUUGGCUUCAUCUGACCCCACUCCUGUAGAGCCUCAAGUGCAGCUCUCGCGUCCCAAAGCUCGGAAGAAGGCCAAACGUGGGGAGCAGAAGACUCCACCCAGCCAGACAGAACCUGACAUUGAUCCUCAACUUGUAACGGCAACAAAAGAAGUGGCAAAAAGCCUCGGUGGAGAUGCAGAAACGACUGAGUCUGAACUCCUCUCCACCCUGCGUCUCCACUCCCCAGAGACAACAGCACAGUCUCCCCCCUCUCUCAGUGAAUUGUUUGUUGGGAUGAAGGUAGAGAGGAAGCCAAAGUCACAGAAGGAAUUUGCACCUCGCUCCGUCCCUUAUGACAAGGGAACCAGAGACUCCAGCCAGUUCACAAAGCAGGACACAACCCGCCACCGCAGGACAUCAGCUCGGCCCCCAGCCUCCUCUGUACCCAGGACUCCGGUGGACUUGUUUGGGGCUCCGCCUUUGGGGAUAUUUGGCAAGGAGACUGUCCCCUCCAAGAGUCCAGCCCCGUUAUCAGUGCUGCCAACAUGGGAGCGGCUGCAGGCCCAUGAGCUGCAGCUGAGCACGGCACAUCCUCCCACCAAUGCAUUUGUGGAGAUGAUACAGUGGACCAAAGAGGGAAAGCUGUGGACCUUCCCAGUAGACAAUGAAAUAGGUCUGGAGGAGGAGAAGAAAGUAGGAUUUCAUGAGCAUGUCUUCCUUGAGAGGCACCUGGAGGGAUGGUGUCCCCGAAGAGGCCCCAUCAGGCACUUCAUGGAGCUUGUGUGUACAGGACUUUCCAAAAACCCAUAUCUGACGGUGGAGCGUAAGAAGGCCCACAUUGAAUGGUACAAAAAUUACUUUGCUGAGAAGGAGGAGUUACUGAAAGAGUUGGGUGCCAUAGAAUCUGCACAGUAAGCAUGGAGGGACAGAAUUAUUGGACUUCAAGGCAAGUUCUCCUUUGUCCUUUGUAUCUUUGUAAUUGUGUCUCAUUAUAGUAAAGGAACAUGUUAACAACAGCUAGAAAUAUGCAAAUGCCUGAAGAUUUUGUAAAUAUGAAACUGAAUGGCUUAA